AUGGAAAACUUCCUGAAAUACUACCCGGAUGAUCCGGAAGCUCAAACGGAGUGUAUAGCGUGUCCUGAAUGCCCGCCAGGACUAGGACUUGUGCCACAAUGUGGUUCCAAGAUCACUAACUACACCACUAUUAAAUGCGAACCAUGUCAACUGAAUAAGACAUUUUCAGACAAUCAUGGCUUUGAGAGUUGUAGGUCCUGCCACGACUGUGGCUUAAAGAACGUUAUUCAGCAGUGCACCCCGUCUCAAAAUCGUAAAUGCGGCACCAAGUGCCCUGAAAGACAUUACCUCGACGAAAAUGGUUUCUGUCAAGAGUGCUACUUUUGUUGUCCCAGUGUGGACGAAACAGGUAGAAUGAAGAAAUGUAAAGAAAUUGGAAUGGGAGAAGACUGGCAGUGUCUUAAGAACGACCAAAACAAGCUCUGCAAAGAAGCUUUGGAAAAUUCUACAGAAGCUAGUGUUCAUACAACUAAUGCCACGGCUGUUACUCUUCUUCCUGGUCACAAUUUUGAAGCAAAUGAAACGGAGAGUACUUCUAAUGAUAAUGUCAGGAAACCUACGUCAUCAUCUGAAAAUUUUACAUCAAAUGGAAAUAUAAAACCUUCAGUAAUAGCUGGGAUUAUCAUACUGAUUGCUUUAGUGCUUAUUUUUGCUUUUUAUGGAGUUAAAAGAAUCAUUACAUAUAGGAAUGGUUCAGCACUGUAUUCUGAAGGUAAGAGAGAGUCAUACCUUGCAACACUGUUGUUAUCUUUUUUGAGGAUAGUAUUUUAGGAACUGAAUUCCUAUUGCAACCAACACAACAUGAUAUUGUAGCAAAAACCGAUAAGUUAUGCUCAUGCAGUAGUUUCUCACUAGUUGUCAAUAGACAACAAAAUCUGAGGGAAGAGAGGUCAAUAGCGGAACUGUUCUCUGUAUGGGUGGUUAGUCUUUCACAAACUUCGGCAUGGUACUCAGUUAACAGUGAUGAUAGCUUACAUAGUGCUGGAGUGACAUCUGCACCAAAGAAAAUUCAGCUUAAGUUACUUUGAGCAGCAAAUAAGUACACUGUCUUGAGUUAUCAUAUACUGACAGAUGUAAAAAGCCUCACACUCUUCGCUAGGAUUUCCCACAGUUAUUAGCUUUUUUAGACCCCUAUUCAUGGUUGACCUCAUCAUGGCCGUAUCCUUUUUAAAACCAGUGGUUGUGGGCUAAGCUAAAAGAGAUAAGGGUCGGUUAUUUUCUAGACUUUUGAAUAAUUGAUAAUUCUUUUCUCGCAGAUAAUCGAGUAGAUGAGCAGGAGCAGUUUCUCCUUGGACAACCCAUGAAUGAUAGCCCAAAUAUUGAACUCAUUCCAACAGGUGAGGAGUCAGCCCUUCCUUCUUCACAUUAAUCCUUUCACACUCUAACAUCAGUAUGCAUAUUCUCCAUACUAUUCUCUAUACAUUUCCUAAUGUGCUGGCAAGGAAGUUUGUUUAACAAUCAUGAGAUUCUUCAGUUCAUUAUCAUUUCCUUUAUUCUCACGACCUUAAUGUUUGAUUCAGGGGUGAUAUUGAAAUGAGAAAUUAGGUGAUGCUAGUCACUCUCAGGGAUUAAAGAGUUAAUCCUGAAUUCUCCGAAAAAGAAAAUAAAUAAGCCGAAUUACUCUCCCUCUGUAGUCUUUUAAAUGCAAAAACUUUCAGCACAGGCUACUGAAAGUUUUAUCGACGUCUCGUUUAUCCUUUCGAGAUAACACAGUUAGCAAUGUUAAUGAUAUUAUGUACAGUGAUUGUGUGGUGGCGAGAGUUACUCUCAGAGUGAAGGAAACCAGUAGCAGAUCACGCAUUUUCCUAGCUAAAAUUUGCUUAUUGUCUUGUUGCAACUUUAAUGUUACAAGUAGCAGUUCUCUUUUUAAACUUAACUCUGUUUUUCAGAUUGUGAUGUCUCCGAAAUGUUUACGCUUCGUAAUGGAAAUGAACUAAUGCUGCACAAAAUUCAAGACAUGCUUGAUCCAAAUCCACCGCUAAAGAAAAAUUGGCGACAAGUGGGACAUCAUUUAAACGUUACCGAGGGAGACUUAGACUUACUGGAACUUCAAUAUAAGUCAAACGGCAGUCCUACGGAGAGUCUUAUAGAAACAUUGAAGAAUUUUACACCAGAGCCUUCAAUGAAAAAAUUUGUCGAAGCUCUGAUCAGUUGUGAAAGAAGUGACGUGGCCAAAUAUAUUUGUAACUGGCCAUGGGAGAAACGUAACUGUACUGAACUGGAGAACCAUGAGCAACCAGAUACGGUCCAGCAACCAUCCUAAGGAUAUUUUUCUCCCCAGUCAGCAGUUCUUUUGAAGGUCACACAAUCAGCACAACCCAAGUGCGUUCCGUGACAUCCGAAUACUAGCCCCAGGCCGUAUUAUUGACUUGAUAGUACGCGCUUCUAUAAUGUUAUAACCUAUUAUUUAUUUGGGCUUUAUGCAUCACGUGCUUUUAUUUAUUAAAUAAAGCAACGAAACAAAACAAAACAAAGAAAAAAGCAAAAAAACACAAAGCUAAUAAAUAAAUGAGAGUUUAGUCGUUUGUCUCUCGAGGUAAAAGAGUCAGGCUUAUCAAUCGUGUAUUGAUAAGUCUGACUCUUCUUUACCCGUGACCUUCUUGUAUAAGAAGAUUCUGGAACGUUCUAUUUCUUAUCUAAUUACUCUAAUUUAGAAACUGUGUUAAUUUACUGAAUUUAGUUCUUUAGAAAAGUUUCUAGAUCCUUGGACUUUAUGUAUAUAAGAGCGAUAGUUUUAUCAAAAAAUAAACAAAACAAAACAAAAAAACAGAAAAUUGUGAAGAAGCCAACUACGUGAAAAUAAAUCAGUUUGUUGCUGUUACCGACGAUCCUGAGUUUUGUCUAGGAACAACCCUGCUCUACAUCGACACCCGUAACAGUGUGUUAUGGCGCGUUGUCAUCGGUGCAUUUUGAUCCUUAUUAGUAUUCUGAGAAUUAGAUGUUCUACCCUCUUAGGUCUGCUUUGUUACCCAUUGCCUGUAAUGGUUUUUGAAAAAGAAAUACACCCUUCUUGAUAAUACAACUUCACUUUUUUCGAUGGUCAGCUUGGCAGAUGAAUAAUUAACAAUGUGUUCAACAAUUAAUGCGUUCAGAAAUGUUUAAUAUAUUUUUGUCCAUUGUGACAAACUAUUAAGGUAAUUUAUGUUUAAAUAUUUUUUAUCAUUUAAAUAUUUAAUUGUAUCUAAUUGUUUAUUCCUACGGGGAUUUGUAAUUGUCUUUCUAGAAAAUAAUACAUGGCGCGCGUAGAUAUAGAAUUUCUCGUCGAGUGUUCGGUUCGAUAGCCUACGAGUGAGCACAGUUGUUCCUGAGAAAUUUCCAACUCUGAUGAUUAGGUGUCUUAUGCUAACUUUCUAAUUAUCUGUACACCUCGUAUACCUCGUAUCCUAUCUUCAUCAUAAUUUUAUAGAGAUUUUUGUAGUCGUCAUAAUUUUAUACAGAUUUUUAUAGUUUGAUAUUUAGACAUUAGAGAAACAUUUUAUAGUUUGAUAUUCAUUUUAUAAUUAAAGAACACCUGGCAUACCUAGCAUUCCAUUUUCGUUAUAAUUUUAACAAUUUUUUUGAAGCUUGAUAUUUAGACAUCAGAAAGACAUUUUAUAGUUUAACAUUCAAUUUUUCAUUAGCUUUUUAUGUACACGUCAUACACGUAGUAUCUUAUUUCUGUUUAUAGACUUUAUUUUGCCCGAAUAUAUCCUCGUAUAUUUGUCUUUGGACAUUAUCAGUUCCUCGAAUUUCCCUGGAAAAGAAAAGAGAGUGUUCAGAAAAUAUGUUUGGAAAGUGGAGAAAAAUGGAGUUCUUAUUCUAUCGAGUUGAAUAAUCACCUUCCGUGAUUAUAACUUAGAGAUGAAGAAAAAAGCUUAGAAAUUACGAUAGCCGUCUAAUCUUAACCACUUUGGAUUGCGAGCCUCAAGCUUCAUAAAAUGAUCAGAACCGUUCGACUUCUUUCAAAAAAUACGGCAAUAACCACUGAGUGUAUUAUUUAUUUCAUAAACACGAUAUAUUUUUUUUCUUUCUUUACCCGUACGACCUUUACACUCCCAAAGAAUAGACUGUGUUUGAGGUUGACCGUCACUCGCAUGAAUUUGGUUUGUUGCGAUGACGCUGCAACUUCGAGGAAAAUAACAACCAGCGUUUCCACUGCACAACACUACAUGCCUCCAAAGUAUCAUGAGGUAAAGAAGCACCAGGAACGUCCUCUUCCUCUAGAAUUACCGUUUUAUUGUUACUAUUAAACUCAACAGAAGUACUCUAUGUAGCCGCCAUUAUUUUAGUUUGUCCAGCUCAACAAUCCAUGCAUGCCUUGCGACCCGAUUUCGGUCCCAGGUCUCAACUCGUUUUGUUACCGCAUGAAUAAAUUUGUUUGUUGCGUUGACACUGCAGCUUCGAGGAAAAUAAUUAUUAAAUCGACCGAGGGAAGUUAAAAAAACUAGAGUAAAAGAGCUUCAUGCCGUUUCCAUCGAAUAUUCCAUUUUGUUCGACGUCUGUGCACUUCUUUUGCUAAGUCAGAGGUGUACGACGAUGAAUGCAUGAUAUUGGGCACGCAGUAGGUCAAGGGAAGGGGAAUCUCCUUCGGCGACCCGCUCACUCCAUAAAUAGUUCGCUAAACGCCCACUACAAAAAAAAAAAAAACGGUGUCACGUACAGGAAAUCCCUCAACCGUGGAUGAAUGAUUAAUCAAUUUAGAAUGAACUUUUCCGUCUUUUGCAAGCCCAUAACUCCCCUCUGCCAUUAAGACUGUUCAUUAGGGCUAAACAAAAGCGUUUUAAGUAUAACGGCUCUAUAUCGAUGGAAAUUUAUGCUAUCGAGACCGACAACUCCAUAAUUUUCAGCAUGGAGAGUACAAAAUUGAAGCAGUACAGAUCGGUAAGUGAACAAAAGUGAUUGAACUCUUAAAUUUACACUUGCUCGAUCUACAGUUGUUUAACUAUGUUCUGGUAUACUUUCGGCGAGAUUCAACUGAGUUUGCAUGUUUAUUUCUUGACACAGGUUAACAAAGGACGCAAACUCAGUUAUGAUGACAAGCACAGCAUGAAAGGCGCUAUUAAGGUAAGAGAAUAUUUGUAGGUAUCGUAUUUAUUCGAUGAAACAUCUCGGUUGUUGUAUGGUAAAUGUACUAUCUUGAUCUUUGAAUGAAAGACAGUUGAAUUGGAGCAAUGAAAGGAGUACCUUGACCAAUGAACAACUCUAAAAUGCACACGGCAACACGCUGGGUAAGCCAAAAAGCAGGAGGUAGUCGAUCGUUAAAAGGUGUCGAUAGGCUUGUGCGACUCCUGUCAUUCGCUUGCGCUUUUAAAUCUUCUUACCUGAAAGCUUAGCUGUUAUUAGGACAUCUUUUAAUGACUUUCGUUGGCGAUGUGAUUAUAAGGGAAAUGACAUGAAGUGUAUGGCAUGUAAAAUAGUUCGCGCAUUACUGUAGAAGGUCGCUGUCUCUUUGUAAUGCGUUUCAUGUCAAGGGUCGAUUCCCCGUUAAAUAACUCGCGAAUUUGAUAUUAUUCGCACAGCCAUCCACUGUGAGUGUAACUGCCGCCAAAUGAAUUAAUUCUCAGGCAAGGCUGAAGUUUCCAUCCUCUCUGAAUCUCUCUAGUUGCCUCCUAAGAACGAAUAUGCUUAGGAGAAAUAUCUAAGGAAUCGCGCAAACGGGCAAACACUAGUUAUAGUUUGUUAGGGGUCAGAGUAUGCAAAUUUGUCACUCACUUAGAUGUAAAUAAGUCGAUAUGUCAACGGCAGACCAAUUGAUUUUCCGAAAUAAUACAUAUCGACUUAAGACUUUCAGAAGUAAAUGCCGCGACGUUGAAAUAUAAUUCGACCAUUCAUCGAGGAAGUUUCGACCAAUACUCGUCGCAGUCAGCAUAUGUGAAAGCGAGUCAAAGCUGUGUUAAAGUUUUGACAAGUACUAUGAGUGUAGACGCUAAAUGCGAAGAGUCUUUGACUCUUUGAGACGUUUGCUCGUCGAUCCUCCAAGCUUAUAGGGGGUUUAUAAAUGGUGAGCCUUUUACGAGUGAAUCUGAAGAGCGAAACUUUGAUCGAACUGAUGAGGGAACCUAUGAGCACCCAUAUCAGCUUAAGUAUGAAUCAACGUGAGGUCAAACAAAGCUAUUAGAAACAUCAGUAGCACGACUAAUCAGUCCAUGAUAUCCCACCAAAACACUCUUGUGGCCAAGCAGAACGAAACGCAGUCAGAAGACUGAUCUGAUGGUAACAGAAAUCAAACCGGAAAAUUACAGGAACGAAGAAGUAGGUCAAAGUCUAAUCCUUAGCAAACGCGUCCGCCAUGAUAGAGAACCAUCAAGAUUAUAGUGGAAGAACAUUCUAAACUUUUUUAAAAUGGUAGAGCAGUUAAGAGGUAUGUAAGGUCUCAUAUUUUGCAUGGUGUACCACAUUUGUCAGCGUUGAAAACGAUUUUAUCGUUCAGUUAACGUUUGAUUACCAUAAUUAUCUUAAAACUAGAAUGUGUAGAGGUAAACUAAUUGGAAUCACUCGUGCUAAAGGUUCAAGGUUGUAUUUUGCCAUUGAUCAUGUUAAUGUUUUCAAAACAAGAACUGCACAGCAUAAAAAGACAUGUAAAAAAUCAGUUGUUUUUCAUGAUGAAUUUGAACAUGUUGUUUAAUGUUAUACAAUAAAUUGUGAGAAACGAAAUCACAAGUAUUUUGUUUCAAGGGCAAAGUUACUUACUUCAGGUGAUAUUGAGUUAAACCCGGAACCUGUUACUCACGGAAAUAGUCCGAACAAUCUUAAUGAGUUGUUACAAUCUCGGUUAACUUAACAUGGCUAUAGAAUAUUAGAUGUUGGUGGCGCCGGUGAUUGCUCCUUUAGAGUUAUGUACCAUCAGUUGUAGGGUGAACCUAGCUAUCACAUGAAUGUUCAUAGUACUGGUGUUCAAUAUAUGAGAAACAAUUCAGAAAGAUUCAUCGAAAGUAGUAAAGACCAUUCAUGGUCAAGGUGUUAACUAAUAUAUCAGGGUACAUGGGCUGAUGCACUUGUCAUUCAAGAAUGGAGUGAGUAAAUCAUUCACAACCUGCAGCACAUUCAUACAAAUUUUACAUUAGAAAUCUGCUAUAGUAUACGCUUUAAUGGCAAAAAGUAAAGUUAAGGAAUGGUGUAGGUUAAACGAUAGCCAGCAUGUGAAUUCUGACUAUUCACUCAACAUCACAAGAGCAGUUCCAAGAAAUUCCAUGUAGUUUUAACUCUAUCCAAGAGUUACCCAUUGGCUACCCAUGUUUACGUGUAAAAGUGUAUGUUAUUGUAAAGAGGAAUUAUCUCCAAAAUCCAUUAAAACGUAAUGUAUCCGUGACUCAGUUAUUCACAAUUUCCUACGAUCUAUAUUGUUCUCAAUUUGACAAUUUGCAUGUUAAUACUACUGCAAUACAUAAAGAGAAUAAAGAUCUUAUGUUGGAUAUGCUUUCAACAUCAGAACUGAUACAUUCAAAAGGAGUUGUGUUUGAUUCACUCAAAAUUUCCAAUUGUUAUUGAAGCAAUGAUCACUGUGUGCUUUUUGAGUUUAUUAUUGAAAUAAACAGUGCAUGUUGAUGCAGCAUUUAUUCGUGGGCAGUGUUUAUUAAUAUUUUGGUUUUAAAAUGCGGCAUGUAUUUUAGGGCAGCAUUUAAUGAAAUAAAUAUGGUACUUGUUGGUAAGGCAUGGGUAAAUUAUGCUGCAUAAUUUUGAAGAUAACUAGGCAUCUUGCAUAGCAAGAAUUACGCCACCAUAAAGCUGCCUUUCAACUAGGAUUUUCAGCAGAAUUUUUGAAAACUAGCAACACAGACUGAAAGCAAUCAAACAAGUUAAUAAAUAUGGAGAUAAUUUCCCACUGCUGUGUUACAGAGUUGCUCACACUUGGUUAUCUCUGCUGAAAAUAUUGAAUAACUUGUUAGGUUUUUUUAUGAAAUGUUAAAAUUCAUUGUUGUUUGAAAAUAUUGUACUUGAAGUUAUGUUUUGAUUAAACAUGUAAUGUAGCUCUAACCAACAUUUAUAGCAUACUUUUUCUCUUUGUCUAAUAUUUCUGAACAUAAUUUGUGCAGGUUUGCAAUUAUUGCAAUUAAUAGAUGCUGAUAUUUUUAUCUUAGCUGAUCCUGUUACUAAUAUUGUGGUCACGAUCUGUGUCUGGAAGGCCAGCAAGAUGUUCCCUUGCGCAAAAUUUCUUACGAUACUUUCCCGAUGCUCCAGAAGCUCAAAUGGAGUGCAAAGCAUGUCCUAAGUGCCCAGCAGGAAUGGGACUCACACCAUUAUGCGGUUCAAAGAUUUCAAACUACACCAUCAUCAAAUGUGAACCUUGCAGAGAGAUGUGA